CCUUAGAAACCGAGGGGCGCGUUCCCAGUGGCGGCGCGCUGGGCUCUGCGCCCGCGCGUUCCCGUUCGCCUCCUUCUCGGCGGGCUGGCUGUGGGGUGCGGGCUGCGGCCGGGACACGUCCCGACUCCUCUUUAAUGUAGUGCGGCGCCGGGUGGGCGAUGCCGGAGUGCCAGGAACCAUGUUUGACCAGGACUGUGGGAACGUCAUACUCAUGCUGGAAGCCCUUGUGAGGAGAUGAGUUCCUGAACAGAGAAACUGGCAUGAAGAUGCUCCCAGGAGUGGGUGUGUUUGGGACGGGCAGCUCCGCCCGAGUUCUGGUCCCACUGCUGAGGGCAGAAGGGUUCACGGUGGAGGCCCUGUGGGGAAAGACUGAGGAGGAAGCAAAGCAGCUUGCUGAGGAGAUGAACAUCUCCUUCUAUACCAGCCGGACCGAUGACGUCUUGCUGCAUCAAGAUGUGGAUCUGGUGUGCAUCAAUAUCCCUCCUCCGCUCACCCGGCAGAUAUCUGUGAAGGCGCUCGGUAUUGGGAAGAAUGUGGUUUGUGAAAAGGCAGCUACAUCAGUGGAUGCCUUCCGGAUGGUGACAGCCUCUCGCUACUACCCCCAGCUGAUGAGCCUGGUGGGGAACGUACUGCGCUUCCUGCCUGCCUUUGUGCGCAUGAAGCAGCUGAUUGCAGAGCACUAUGUGGGCGCUGUGAUGAUCUGCGAUGCCCGUAUCUACUCGGGCAGCCUGCUCAGCCCCAGCUAUGGCUGGAUCUGUGAUGAGCUCAUGGGAGGUGGCGGCCUGCACACCAUGGGCACCUACAUUGUAGAUCUGUUGACCCACCUGACAGGUCAGAGAGCCGAAAAGGUGCAUGGACUGCUCAAGACCUUCGUGAGGCAGAAUGCAGCCAUCUGUGGCAUCCGGCAUGUCACCAGUGACGACUUCUGUUUCUUUCAGAUGCUCAUGGGUGGAGGUGUAUGUAGCACAGUCACACUCAAUUUCAACAUGCCAGGGGCCUUUGUGCAUGAGGUUAUGGUGGUGGGCUCUGCAGGACGCCUUGUGGCCCGGGGGGCUGACCUCUAUGGGCAGAAGAACUCUGCCACACAGGAAGAACUCCUGCUGAGGGACUCACUGGCCAUGGACACAGGGCUGCCUGAGCAGGGCCCCCAGGACGUCCCACUGCUCUACCUGAAGGGCAUGGUGUACAUGGUGCAGGCCUUGCGCCAGUCCUUCCAGGGUCAGGGGGACCGCCGCACAUGGGACCACUCCCCUGUCUCCAUGGCUGCCUCAUUCGAGGAUGGGCUAUACAUGCAGAGUGUGGUGGACGCCAUCAAAAGAUCAAACCGAUCUGGGGAGUGGGAGUCUGUGGAGGUGCUGACUGAGGAGCCUGAUGCCAACCAGAACCUGUGUGAGGUGCUACAGCGGAAUAAUCUGUGAGCCUGCACAUGGACUUCCUGCCUCGGGACAAAGGGAACAGGGCGGGACAGGGAGCUGUGAAGCGGGGGGCUUGGCUUUCAUUUAAGGAGUCAGUGUGGGCAGGGUCCAGCUGAGGCCAAAAGUGGCCCUGGAAAAAAGCCCUCUAAGCAGCUCAUGUCCUCCUCAGACUCACAGCCUGUGAUGUUCCUGUUGCCAAGGCUGAGAGGGCGAGUACAGGCUGAAGCUGCCACUAGGUCUAUGCAUAGUUGCGCUGGUGAGCAGGGCCAGCAGAAGCUUCAGCCUGAUUUGUAGUCCUAACUGGAUGAGAAAGCACAGCCGGGAACCCAGUUAGCUGACUUCUCCGGGCCUGAGGAGAUAUAACAAGAAGCCUUGUUUCUGUGCCCAUUCUGGGCUUGGACAUCUCAGGAAUGUUGAGAGCAGGAGUCCUCCCUUCCUCCUGUCUGGCCUUCAGGCUGCCCGUGCCAUGUCAGGAAGAACAUAUUCUUUAGGUGAGCUCUCAGGAGCUGAUGACUUAGGGCAGGGAGCCUCUCAUUUGGAAGAGAGGAUACAAGGGAGGGCUCUGAAACACCGGAUGAAUAUUAAUAAAGAGGUCAGAAAAUA